AUGAGCCAAGCCAAUGAGGUUGCCUCGAGGGCUGUUCUGCAAGGACGUUUCAUCCAGGGGGAACCUCGAGGAUUUGAUGGAGUGGUCGUCUCAUCGUCGGACUCGGAGCCCCCCUUCCAAAGUGUUCUCCUGUGGGGCCCGAUCGGCAUGCACAUUGCCCGCCGAACACUACUGGGAAUCUGGGAUGCUGGGCCGGAGACCUCGACCCCAGCUGCCACUUUGGGGAUGCAACCCCGGAUUCUGAAGGUCAUUUCCCGCGUGGAGGAAAUGCGGGCGCGGCCUAAGGGAUGCACCUGCGCGCGUGAGGAAGCUUUUUCCAACAUUGCGAGGCAUCAAUUUCCGUGA